GAAACGUUCAAACUUUUUUAUUGGGAAAUUUUGUUAAAAAUAAUUAAUUACGGCGAUAAAUACAUAUGCACUAGAAGUAACAAAUUACAGCGAAUAAUCACAUCAAAGAACUAAGAAAAAACCCUAAUCUCUUCCUCUCUCUCUCUCUUUUUGCUUAGUUCGAUCAUGGAGAGCUUACCUUUGCCUCUCCUCGAAAAGAUUUUAUUCAAAUUGGAUCCCAAAUCUCUGGCUAUGAUGCAAUGCACUAGAAGAUCUAUCAACUCGCAUAUAUCUGACGAUCCGUACUUUAAAUCCAAAUACUUGUCUGGGGUCGGAUCCGGUUUGCUUCAAAUCUCCGGCUUUGGCUCCACCACCCUCUUCUGCAACCCUUUCGUCAAUUCUAGGUUAUUCAGAAACAAAGCUUUCUUAGAGAUCAAAUCUCAGAUUCUCUCCUUUUGUUCUGGCCUUCUCCUACUCUUCAUCGAUGGUCUCUGUGUCGCAAAUCCGCUCACAAAGAGGUAUCGAUUCCUGGAUCACUCUAAGUCAAUGUUUCUUAGUCGUGUUGACAGAAGGGGAAAUGUAAGCUUUUACCUUCGAUGGCAUAAAAUGAAUCGCAUUGGUUUUGCGGUUGAUCAAAUUGAUCGAACAACUCAGGCUUUCAAAGUUGUCUGCAUGAACGAUACUGAUGCUUCGAAUCCAGACGAAACCAUGUAUCAAUUCGAGAUUAGCACUGGAGAUUCUUGUUGGAGAUUGUCGGAAACAACUAUUACUUGCACCGCAAGUGGUCUCAUCAAGGAUAAGAAACCGGUUUACUUUGACGGAUCUCUUCACUGGUUGAGAAAGGACGGAAGCAUUUUAGCUUUCAAUCCAGAAACAGAGCAGGCACGGCUGAUUCCAAUCAAGUUUCCCCCACAACUAAGCUCUGCCAACUUGUUCGCAGCCGCAGAGAAGGAACUAGCAUUGAUAUCAGCGACGGAGGAAUUGAUUAACGUUUAUGCCCUCGAGGAUACUCUCACCGAUCCCAAGUGGGUCUUAGUGAAGCAAAUCCCGAACGGAGUGUUGGACAAAGAAACAAUGAGGUGCUGGAACGUUGGGGCAUACGACGGCGAGUUCUUAGUGUUGUGGGAAAUGAACAACAAGGAAUGGUACGACGGAGUUGUUCAUGGCUACGACUUGAGAGCUAACAAUUGGGGAGUCAUAGGUUCUGUUCCAGUGUGGUGCGAUCGUAAUCAAGUCUUUUACCACUUUAAACCGUCUUUCUCCUCUGCGAUAGAACUGAAUGAGAAGGUCGACGUCGAGACAAUGGUUCAUGGUGAUGAUGAAAAUAAACGUAUCUCCACUCUAAGCAAAAUUAUGAGACUGAUUGAUGAAAUCUCACCUUAUGCUAAGAGCCGGUCCAAGAAAAAGGGAAAAAGAUUGAUGACUGAAGAAGAAACGAAACUGAAGAUGAUGAUGGAUGAGCCUUCUUCUUCCAAGUUCCUAGACGUGAAGCGUUUUUGCAAAAAAAUAAAGUUCUUAGGCAUGGAGAAAAUCAACAAAAGAAGAAGAAGUCAAGUUCGCAGGCGGAGUCGGUGUUAGAGAGCUUUGUGUUCUACGCCGUUGACGGUUCAAUAUUCUCGGACCACCGGUGAAAGACUUCCAAUCGCUAUGGUUUUCUAUGAUCGCUUAUAUCUCCAAGAACAUAAUCAUCAAAAUUGCUUAUCACUUCA